GGGCUGGCGGCCAAGGCGGCGAUCGUGGCCCUGGUGGCGCUGGUGGCGCUGCUCGGCCAGGGGCAGGCCAAAGCGGCCCCCAAGGUGCAGGUGUACUCCCGGCACCCCGCCACCGCCGGCACCGAGAACAUCCUCAACUGCUACGUGGAGGGCUUCCAUCCCCCCAAGAUCGACAUCGCCCUGCUGAAGAAUGGGGAGCCCAUGAAGGACGUCAAGUACAACGACAUGUCCUUCGGGGACGACUGGACCUUCCAGCGCCUGGUGUACGCCCCCUUCACGCCCACCAAGAGCGAUGUCUACACCUGCAGGGUCGACCACGAGGCCUUCACGGAGCCGCAGUCCUUCAGAUGGGAGCCAGACUUCUAAGAUGUGCCAGGGAUAAUCAUGAUCUGAAGAAUUUUUCCCUGCAAGCCUAAAUGAAUUUGAGCUUCUGUCCUUUCUACAUAUGGAAAAGAGCAAUUGUCUUCAUCAUGAAAUUCCUUCUCUUCACAAUGCUAGGGGUCGCCUACAGUUAACAGUGGUUGUCUGAACUCGGGUUCCUGGCCUCCUUCACCAUGAAAUUAAAAUACUGAGGAAUUUGGCAUCAGAGGAAAAGUGGGCUGGGAAGGGCCUGAACACUGCGGCACGUGGCAGAUGUUCUGCAAGCGCAGUCAUGCUGUGCUGUUGAACCAUCCCUGACCUGGUGGUUAGGAUGGAGAUGCAAAGUGAGCUGAUCUGGGGGGGGAAGGAGGGGGGAAUUCUGAAAAUUUGGCUGUGUACCAGGAGAUUUGUAAUGCAAAUU